AUGUAUCGCUAUAAAAGUAUUGUGAGAGUAACAAAUUUUAAUUUAAAAUAUUUAGGUAUCUGUAAACGAAAUUAUGCCAAAGAUGUUCGUUUUGGUCCGGAUGUAAGAUCUUUGAUGCUUCAAGGCGUAGACAUUCUAGCAGACGCAGUUGCUAUCACGAUGGGACCUAAAGGACGUAACGUUAUAUUAGAACAAACAUUUGGACCCCCUAAAAUCACAAAAGAUGGUGUAACCGUUGCUAAAGGCAUUGAACUAAAAGACAAGUUCCAAAAUAUUGGAGCAAAACUUGUACAAAAUGUUGCACAUAAAACUAACGAAGAGGCUGGCGAUGGAACUACGACUGCUACUGUUCUAGCAAGAGCAAUAGCCAGAGAGGGAUUUGAAUGCAUAUCAAAAGGGGCAAAUCCAAUAGAAAUUAGAAAAGGUGUGAUGCUGGCUGUGGAAACAGUUACAGAACAUUUGAAAAAGAUGUCAAAACCAGUUAAAACCUCUGACGAAAUAGAACAAGUUGCAACUAUUUCAGCCAAUGGUGACAGAAGUAUAGGGAAACUCAUAGCGGCCGCCAUGAAUAGGGUUGGAAAAGAUGGUGUCAUAACUGUCAAAGAUGGUAAAACCCUCGAAGAUGAAUUAGAAAUAAUAGAUGGAAUGAAACUGGAGAAGGGUUAUAUAUCACCAUAUUUUAUUAAUUCUAGUAAAGGUCCAAAGGUUGAAUAUAAUGACGCGUUGAUACUUUUUUCGGAUAAAAAAAUAUUCAACGCCAAUCAAAUUGUGCCCGCCUUGGAAAUAGCUAAUGCCCAAAAAAAGCCAUUGAUAAUUAUUGCAGAAGACUUCGAGGGAGAACCUCUUUCAGUAUUAGUAGUAAAUAAGUUAAAAAUUGGUUUACAAGUAGCUGCUGUGAAAGCGCCCGGUUUUGGUGAAUAUAGAAAAAAUACUCUGAUUGAUUUAGCUAUUGCGACUGGCGGUGUAAUAUUUGAAGAUAAUGAGAAUUUAAUUCGUCUUGAGGAUUGUCAGCUUGAAAGUCUUGGUCAAGUCGGUGAAGUUUUAAUAACGAAAGACACCACUUUAUUAAUCAGAGGAAAAGGUGAUAAAGCUGAAAUAGAUCAACGCAUUGAGCAGAUAAGAGCCGAAUACGAAGAAACUUCAAGCGAGUUUGAGAAGCAAAGGUUAUUGGAUCGCAUUUCUAGACUUAAAUGCGGUGUGGCUAUUUUACGUAUUGGAGGAUGUAGUGAAGUGGAAGUUAAUGAAAAGAAAGAUCGUGUUAACGAUGCCCUUAAUGCUACAAGGGCUGCUGUUUCGGAGGGAAUCGUUCCCGGCGGCGGAGCAGCUCUUGUUAGAUGUAUACCAAUUUUAAACAAACUUAAACCUGCCAACCCAGACCAGGCAGUUGGGAUUGAUAUAGUCAAGAAAGCGUUGCGUACUCCAUGCUUAACGAUCGCAAGUAACGCUGGCUAUGACGGUUCCGUAGUGGUUUCGAAGGUUGAGAGCAUGGACAAAGAUUUUGGUUACGACGCUCUCAACAAUGAAUACGUUAAUAUGAUAGAAAAGGGCAUUAUAGAUCCUACCAAGGUUGUCAGAAGAGCACUCACUGAUGCCAGUGGCGUUGCGUCACUUUUGACUACAGCAGAGGCUGUUAUUUGUGAACAGAGAAUGGAUAAAAGUUUAACCCCCCCAACACUAGGCCCCGAUACACAAGGUGUAACUAUCUAUUAA